AUGGUUGCGAUAAAAAAGCAGCGCGAGGAGGAUGUUGCCGAGCCUGUGCUGGCUAACUUGCUGGCCGAGGACCGUACACCCUGGUACAAGAAGCCGAAUCUGAGACGACUCUAUUUUGUUUUGUUUCCGGCGUGUAUGGGUAUCGAGAUCACGUCAGGAUUCGACUCGCAGAUAAUCAACACGGUCCAGAUUGUUUAUACUUGGAACAAGUGCAUGUCUUCCCCAUAUUUCGGUCAAGAAACCGGGAAGAUCGUGGAUGAUCGCCCCGAGUACGUGAUCGAAGCAAACCUCAAGGGCUUUCUGGGUGCUGCAUACUCCCUCGGAGCUAUCCUCUCGCUGCCAUUUGUCCCAUACCUCAAUCAGAAAGUCGGGCGACGAUGGACGAUUAUGUUUGGCUCAUGCGUGAGCUUGGUCGGGGCCCUCAUACAGGGCUUCUCCAACGGCGUGGCCAUGUACAUCGUCGCGCGUAUGCUUCUAGGGUUCGGAAUCCCGUUCUGCAUCGUCGCAGGAUCGUCUAUGCUGGGAGAGCUGGGUUACCCUAAGGAACGACCGAUUCUUACCUCCCUAUUCAACUCCUCGUACUUCAUCGGCCAGGUGAUUGCGGCAGCCGUGGGCCUAGGGACGGUGAAAAUUGAGUCCGAUUGGGCAUGGCGAAUCCCGUCCCUUCUCCAGAUUUCGCCCGCCAUGAUCCAGAUCUCGACGGUGAUGUUCCUACCCGAAAGUCCCCGAUAUCUGAUUAGCAAAGACCGCUAUGACGAAGCCUUUGACAUCCUCACCAAGUAUCACGCGGAGGGUGACCGCGGCUCGGUCAUCGUCAAGGCUGAAAUCGCGCAGAUCGAGCAUACCAUCAAAAUCGAGCUUGAAGAGUCAAAACAAUCCUGGCUGGACAUGUUCCGCACAGCUGGCAUGCGUCGUCGACUGCUCAUCUCCGCUUUUCUUGGCUUAUUCACACAAUGGUCCGGCAACACGCUCACCACGUACUAUCUGAGCGAUCUUUUGAACAUGAUCGGAGUAACAGACAGCGUGGUCAAGUCCAAGAUCAACAUCGGCAUCGCCUGCUGGGGCCUUGUCUCCGGAACUGCGCUGGCGCUGACGGCACCGCGCUUCAAGCGUCGGCCAAUGUACCUGACCUGCGCGAUCUCCUUGCUGUGCGUGUAUAUUGGAUGGACCAUCUCCAUGGAGCGUUUUAUGACUACACAGGCUCAAUCCGCAGCCAUUCUGACUAUCUUCUUUAUCUUCGCCUACACGCCCGCCUAUAACCUGGGCUAUAAUGCUCUGACCUACACGUAUCUGAUUGAGCUGUUCCCUUAUGUUGGCCGCUCACGCGGUCUCUCCUGGUUCCAGUUCUAUGGCCGCGGUGCAGGCUUCUUUGCCACCUACGUGAACCCCAUUGGUCUGACGCGCAUCGCUUGGAAGUGGCUCUUAGUAUAUUGCAGCUGGCUGGGAUUUGAACUGGUGUUUAUAUACUUCUUGUUCCCCGAAACUUCGGGUCGAACUCUUGAGGAACUGUCGUUCAUGUUCGAGGGUAAAGAAAAGGCCAACGAGGUCGCUGCGGCUGUUCAUAAACAGCUCGAUCGGGAUGACGAGAAGGAAAGGGCCACGGCCCAUGUGGAGGUUCAAGAGACCAAGAAUGCUGUUUGA